AUGUCUACCAGUGAUUUUUUAUUACUUGAUUUAUUAAAUCAAGAAUAUAACCGUUUUUCGAUUCAUUCUCCUUUAAAUUCCUCUUCGGCAGAUACCAAGGAGUUGAUAUCCUACCUUAAAAACAUCAAGCAGCAUCUCCAAAGUUCCCUGAUACUGCUUCAUGAAAAUCAAACUUUUAAUGUUCAGGUUGAAGAAUAUGAUAAAUUGAUUCAAUCCAAGUUGUCAAUAUGGCAAGAUAGUAUGAAUUUCAAUUUAAAAAAAUCUCAUAAUUCAACUAAUAAAUUUUCCAAAUUCUUGGACAACAGGGUUUUUAAUUUCAAUCUCAAACUUGAGUUGAAUAAGUUUAACAUGCAGAUUUUGAAUGGUUCUGGUGAUUUUUAUAAAAAGGCAAAGAAAUCAAGAACCACUCUCAAUGAUAUUGGAAACCAUUUCAACUUAUCUAAUUCAACUUUGAAUCUAUCCAAUGAAAAAAAGAAAUUGGUGAACCAAAUCAUUUUAAAUCAUCUUGUUUUAGAAAACAACUCUAACUGCUUUAGCCUUCACAAAAGUAAUCAACCCAAAAAUCAAACUACUACUUUGGAUAACAGUCUUCAAUUGCAGGGCACUGAUUGUCACCAAAGUAGUUUUAUGCCUACUAUUAGCUACACGUCGUCACAUUCUUGCAGUGAUUAUUUAAUUUCUUUAUUGGAGUCCCAAUUCAAUUAUAAAAUCAGUCAUGAUUUCAAGUCAAAGUUGGUUCAUUUAAAGCAGUUGAUAAACCCUAUAUUGAAUCCUCUUCCUGGUCAAGGACCAAAUUUGAACUAUGUUUUACAUUGGUGUCAGGCCAAUCACUCAUCUCUAUCAAAUAUGAAUUCAGAUUUGGUUUUUAAUUUGCAGAUACUAAAGUUUUCUUUCCUUUAUAAUGGUAUAUUAGGCUUUCAUGAUAUUUCAAAUGAAAUUAUGCCUAAUGCUUCAAAGAAUACUAAAUACCAGUUUAGCGAUAAAAGUAUUGAUGAGAUUGGUCAGAAUCAUAAAUCCAACCCCACUAUACAAAACAAUCAUUUUAAUGCCUAUCUAUACUGCAAGAACAACUUAUCUCAUUAUUUUUCAAAUAAAUUAGUACUAAGUCCUGAAAAUAAUCAGAAAUUGUUGAUUAUAUCCAACUUGUUCGCUAAAACUUUUAUAAACGAUGAAAUUGAUAUUGAUUAUUUUUCAAAAGACUAUAAAGAACAGGAAAGUUUGCCUACUAACUAUAUAAAUCAGUUUCCCUUGACAAUUAAUCAAUUUAUUGAAACUUAUUUCUUGGUAAACAAUUUGAACUUGAACUCAAAUUUGUACUCAAUAUUAAUAUCUUCUUUUAUUUCCCUUCCAUCUCUAUUCAAAUUUAACUCAAUUAACUCUAAAUUGAUGGGUCAAAAGAAUAAAAAUGUCAAAAAGUCUGCUUCCAAAAGUUUUUCUGCUGCUCAAAGAGACUUCUAUUUCCCAAUUCUUAAUACUCGUGACACGUUUGUUCCUCGAAAUAGAAGCUACUCAGAACAUAUUUUGCCAUAUCUAAAUCGAUACACAAAUGAUCUUAAUAAUGAUAACGAAGAUCAUCAUGACUUACCCUCUGACCAGAACGAUUUUAUUGCCAAUUUUGAAAGUGAAAAACAUUGGACUUCAAAGGAUGAAUUACCAAUUGAAAUUGAAUUACCAAAAUUUCUAAAUCAUAACCAUCCCAUCUUUAUCUGUCCGGUCUCUAAACAAGAAGUAACGAAGAAAAAUCCACCAAUUUUAUUACCUUGCAAGCACAUCAUAUCUGAAGAGGCCUUAAUUCAGUUGUCUUCAUUAAAAAGUUCCAGAGGCUAUAACAGUGCUUUUGACAACGACGAUGAUAAUGAUGAUGAUGAGAAUUAUGAUGAUUAUGAACCUGGUCUUACUACUUUCCAAAGCAUAAUUGUAAAUGAUACUACAAACCGUGACAUUUAUUCACGUCAGAACUUCAAUCGUGGAAAUCACUCAAGUGAAUCUUUAAACAGCUAUGAUUCUAACUCGAAUGACGAGUUGGAUGAUGACAGUCAAAACUCAGACCUCGGUGCAUUAGAUGAUCUGCCCAAUCAUGAACAUUCGGAUGCAUUUGACUCCGGUUAUAAUGAUGAUACUGACAGCGACUUUGUGUUUGAUUCUGAUAGUAUUGAUGCGGAUGAAGAUUAUGAAGUUGAUGGUGACGAGGAUGAAGAGUAUGGUGAUAAUGAUAACUAUGAAGACAAUGAUGAUGAGGCUGAUUAUAAUAAUUAUCGAAAUGAGGAUGAUGUUGCCAACAUAUUUGGGGCAACAAGUUCUCAUGAUCCUUUAGGUAUUGGUGGUUCUAGGUACUUGAACCUGGUUAAUCAGUCAUUGCUGGUGGAACAUACGAAUAUUAGAGAUCAGAGAUAUAUUCCUAGCAAUGCUAUGCUAUUAAGACGAAUGGCAGAGAGUACUUAUCGUGCUACCCGUGAAAAUCCAGGGAACCCUUCCAGUUUGGCGGAUCCAUUAGUUUUAAAUCAAAACUUCAAUUUAUUUUCUCAGCUUAACUUUGAUAGAAAUGAAGAAUGGGCUCGUAUCAGGAUCAGCGGUGGUAGUAGAAAUAGAAACGGAAAUAGAGCAAGAAAUAGAAAUAGAAAUCAAAAUCAAAAUCAAAAUCAAAAUAGAAAUCGAAAUGUUUCUAACAAUUUAAACAAUCCCCGAAACAUCAAUAUGAGUAUCGAGAGAGAUAGAGACCGAUUUGGUAACAUCACAAUUAGAAUCGAUAAUCAAAAUAGUCAUAGAAGACGCAAAAGAGAAAACUAUAUGCCAUUUAAAUGUCCAUAUUGCCCUACGAUGUGUCGCAAAGAGAACACCACUCCUGUCUAUUUUUGUUGA